AUGGUUUUUUACACGGAUGUAGACCACUCUUAUUUUUGGAUGGAAAAUAACGUUAACUGGAAGUGGUUCUUACAAGGUUUGUGGUCUAUUCUCUAUGAAAGGCCAGAUCCAUACAACCCUCCACACAAGCUAGUGAUAAUUUCAGAUGCGGAUAAGGGGAUCAGAGAAGCAGUUAGAGAAUUUUUUCCAGAUUCUAUACACUCUCGAUGUGUGUUGCAUCUAGUUGAGAACUUCAGGACAAAGUUGAAGGAUUUGGGAUUCAAAUCAAAAGAUACUCAGAUCUUGGGUAAUCUAUUGCAAUCUGCCUGUUACAAAUAUACUAGAGCAGAAUGGAACGAUUACAUGGACGACAUUAGACUGGUUGACGAAAGAGCUUACAAUAUUGUGAUGAACUACGCUCCAGAAAACUGGGCCAAUGCGUUUUUUCCUGGAGUUAGAUAUGGUCACGUUACAUCAAAUGUUGCAGAGUCAUUCAACAAAUGGAUACAUAAGGGUAGGCUACUACGGAUACUUCAACUGGUAGAGCACAUACGUAAACAAAUUAUGGUUCGCAUGAAUGAGCGACGAGUCAUGGCUGAAAGCUGGAAUUAA